UUAACCCAGUCCCACCAGUGCCUUUGAUUGCUGGAGGGAAGGACGAGAUGGAUCUGGUGCUGAGAAGGUGUCUUCUCCAUUUGGCUGUGAUGGGUGCUCUGCUGACUGUGGGGGCAGCAGAAGGACCCAGAGACCAAAACUGGCUUGGGGUCCCGAGGCCACUCAGAACUAAAGCCUGGAACCGGCAGCUGUAUCCAGAGUGGACCGAAGUUCAGGGACGUGACUGCUGGAGAGGUGGGCAAGUGUCCCUGAAGGUCAGGAAUGAUGGGCCCACACUGGUUGGUGCAAAUGCCUCCUUUUCUAUUGCUCUGCACUUCCCUAGAAGCCAAAAGGUUCUGCCAGAUGGGCAGGUCAUCUGGGCCAACAACACGAUCAUCAAUGGAAGCCAGGUGUGGGAAGGACAGCCAGUGUAUCCCCAGGAACCUGAUGCUGGCUGCAUCUUCGCUGAUGGUAGCCCCUGCCCACCUGGCCCUCGGUCUCAGAGGAGAAGCUUUGUUUAUGUCUGGAAGACCUGGGGUCAAUACUGGCAAGUUCUAGGGGGCCCAGUGUCCGGGCUGAGCAUUGGGACAGACAGGGCAGUGCCGGGCACACACACCAUGGAAGUGACUGUCUACCACCACCGGGGACCCCGGAGCUACGUGCCCCUCGCUCACUCCAGCUCGGACUUCACCAUAACUGACCAGGUGCCUUUCUCCGUGAGCGUGUCGCAGCUGCAGGCCUUGGAUGGAGGGAACAAGCACUUCCUGAGAAAUCAGCCUCUGACCUUUGCCAUCCAGCUCCAUGAUCCCAGUGGCUAUUUGGCUGGGGCUGACCUCUCCUAUACCUGGGACUUUGGAGACGACAGUGGGACGCUAAUCUCUCGGGCACUUGUGGUCACUCACACGUACCUGGAGUCUGGCCCAGUCACUGCCAGGGUGGUCCUGCAGGCCGCCAUUCCUCUCACCUCCUGUGGCUCCUCCCCAGUUCCAGGCACCACAGAUGGGCACAUACCAACUGCAGAGGCCCCUGGCACCACAGCUGGCCAAGUGCCCACUACAGAAGUUGUAGGGACUUCAGCUGGUCAGGUGUCAACUACAGAGCCCUCUGGGACCACAGCUAUGCAGGUGCCAACAACAGAAGUCACAAGGACUCCAGAGGGCACAGGUGCUACACCCGAGAUGAUGCCAACCUCAGCAGUCAUAGGUACCACUCUGGCAGAGAUGCCAACUACAGAGGCUACAGGUACAACUCCCGCAGAGCCUCUUGGCACCACAGUUGCCCGGGUAGCUGCACAGUCCAUGCAGACCACAGCAGGGGAGCUAUCCACCCCCGAGCCUGAGGGUCCAGGCGCCAGCCCAGUCAUGCCUACAGAAGGUAUUACAGGUUCCCUGAGCCCCCCGACGGAUGGUACAGCCACCUUGAGGCUGGUGAAGAGACAAGCCCCCCUGGAUUGUGUCCUGUAUCGAUAUGGUUCCUUUUCUCUCACCCUGGACAUUGUCCAGGGUAUUGAAAGUGCUGAGAUUCUGCAGGCUGUGCCGUCCAGCGAGGGGGAUGCAUUUGAGCUGACCGUGUCCUGUCAAGGCGGGCUGCCUGAGGAAGCCUGUAUGGACAUCUCAUCGCCAGGGUGCCAGCCCCCUGCCCAGCGACUGUGCCAGCCUGUGCCACCCAGCCCAGCCUGCCAGCUGGUUCUGCACCAGGUACUGAAGGGUGGCUCGGGGACCUACUGCCUCAAUGUGUCUUUGGCUGAUGCCAACAGCCUGGCAAUGGUCAGCACCCAACUUGUCAUGCCUGGUCAAGAAGCAGGCCUUGGGCAGGCUCCCCUGAUUGUGGGUGUCUUGCUGGUGCUGAUGGCUGUGGUGCUUGCAUCUCUGAUAUACAGGCGCAGACUCACGCAGCAGGGCUUGGCUCUCCCUGCUCCCCAGCUGCCACACAGUAGCGCCCAUUGGCUGCGUCUGCCCCGGGUCUUCCGCACCCGCCCCACCGGUGAGAGCAGCCCGCUCCUGAGUGGGCAGCAGGUCUGAGUGCUCUCCUGUGAUGCCACGAUCUCCUAGGGGUUGACAGCAACACCUGUUUCCUCCAGUCUUCCCUGGGAGACCACCAUCACCCAAAAUAAAGACUCAGAACCUG